AUUUCAAUCAUUGCGCAUGGAACUUUAUUCGAAAGGGCACUUUGCUGACAAAACGUGUUCUUCACAUAUUGUUCAAGUCUUCUUUGAAAAUAUCCAAACAAUCCUAUUUUUUGAUCAAUUUUUGUAAACAUUUGAAAAACAUCACAAUUUAUCUAAUUUCCAUAAUUGACAAAUUUCCAAAUCCAAAAGGCAUUAGCAAAUUGAAAAAUUCCAUCUUUAAAAAAUGUACACUCCUUCCAUCACUGAAACCAUCGAAAAUCCACCACCAACAUCAAAACCAAUUAGUGGUGGAAGCAAUGCAACCUUCGAACCAUCAUCUUCAACACCCUUCUCACCAACUGAACAUGCAGUACAAUUACAAUAUCCUCCACCAGAAUCAAAAUCAAAUCCUAGUGAUACUUAUAUAAGUGAACAGGUUCCUGUUUCGAAACCUGUUACUGCACUCAUUGAGCCACCAGAAUUAAAACCAGCAGUGGCUGCAUCUGGUCAACCAUCAAGUAAUUCACCUCCCAAGACAGAUAUCAAAGAUCCAAAAAGUUUACAUCUUCCACAUCUUCAUGUACCUUCAAUGUUUCAUGAUAAAUCUGAUCCUAUUCAUAAGGUUAAUGAAUAUGAUGUUGAUGGAAUAAGGCAGAGAAGGCUUAUUUAUGGAGCUGUAUUGGAUCGCUUUGUUUAUGUCUGUUUGGAUGUUGGUGCAUUCCUUGGAUACCUUUCGUAUUUGUCCAUACGAAAUAUUCCAGAGCAACAAGUGCUAGAGCUAGAAGAUAUUCUCAGUUGGCUAAAAUUACUUGGAUUGUAAUUUUGAUAUCCUUGUUGAGUGUUUUAUUGUUGGGUAUUCUAGUUGCAAUUGUUGUGCCUUCAGUUUAUUCUGUUCGUCAUCAAAAAAUUUAACAUUUGAUUCGAAUAAAAAUUUUAUUGU